AUGACUUCCUCUGCAACUACUCUCUCUCAGAACUCCUUCUCGUCCUUCUCUCGGUUCCCACAGACCUUGAGAAGAAACCCUCUUCAUCUUUUGUCCAUUAAAGCUGUCAAAGCUGCAGAACCUGAUAAGACCGAGAAACUCAAACAAACUAAAACCCAAGAGUCUACAAAUGCUACUCAACCUUCAACCACCACAGCUUCUAAGCCUCCCAAGAAGCCUCUUUUUCUUUGGGCAGUGAAGAAGGGUCAGAUUGUGAGGGUGGAGAAAGAGAAGUAUCUUAAUAGUGUUAAUUAUCUAUCUGUUGGGCAUCCACCUUAUUACAAAGGGUUAGAUUAUAUUUAUGAAGACCGCGGUGAGGUACUGGAUUUACGCAUUUUUGAGACUGGUGAAUAUGCACUCGUAGCUUGGGUUGGGGUACCUACUGCGCCAGCAUGGCUUCCAACAGAGAUGCUUAUCAAGUCAGAGAAACUCAAUUAUGAGAGACUGUAA